GUGAAAUGAUACAAGAAAAAGUGCGAGAAAGAAUGUGCGCAAAAUAAGCGAAGGAAAAACGUGGUAGCAAGCGCAAAGGGAUAAGGAAAAACGCCACUUUCAUGUGGCUGCCUAAUUCGCAUCAUGCGAUUCUCCUCCAAUCGAAGUUUUGGGAAAAAAAAAAAGAAAAAAAAAAGGGAAACUAAACCAUGCAUCAUAUAGCAAAAGCUCUCUUCUUCUUCUUCAUCUUGAAAUGUAUGGAAAAGGCUACGAGUUUUUUUAUCAACAAGGUACACAUUUUUCAUCUCACUGCAUUUAGAAAUGGUGGCAACUUGGCACACAUCGGUAAGAAAUGUCCUAACAGUAUGGGCGUGUCUGUGAGGAGGAAGGGCGCCUGCUUGAAGGGCCACGAUGAGGGAGCAGCGGAAGAAGCGGAAGAGACGGACGAAGCGGAAGAAACGGACGAAGCGGAAGAAGCGGAAGAAACUGACGAAACUGACGAAACAGACACCAGCGACGACAAGUUCGCACCCCGCAGAGCGAAGAAAGACACCACUGGGGGGAAGAAAGUCAAGGCCGGGAAAAUAAAAAAAAGGAAAAGGAAAAAAAAAACGACCAUCGCGGCUAAGUGUAGAACGUGCAAUAAGACAUUAAAGCCAAGGGUAAAGUUCUGCGCCCACUGCGGCACGAACGUAUCAGUAGAGAAAAUUAAAUUGAAAAAGUACAUAGAGGAUAUCUACUUGCCGCUCAGGAAGGAGGAAGUAAGUGACAACACGUAUCGAGUGGAGAAGGGAUUCUGGAACGACAUACUUCCGAAAUUAGGCAAAUAUGAACUGCACGAAUUGGGGCCGAACAACUGGGAGUCCUUUUUGAAGUACGUUUUUGCAUCCAGCUGGGUGUAUUUAAAGUGGAAGAAUUGCUCACCGAGGACGAUGGCCCUGUACCAGUCCACAUAUCAGCAAUCACUGAAAUAUGCCUUAUACCGGGACUACCUAAAGAGCGUGCAUAAUUUUCGUAAAAUUAAGAAUAGCACAAUUCCGAGGAGGAAGAUCACCCCGCUAUCUCCCAAGGAGAUAGAACUGCUGCUGAACAACAGCGGCGACAUGCACAGAGCCAUCUUCGCCCUGAGUAUAGGCAUAGGGUUGCGUCCGUCCGAGGUCCUGCGCAUUCUUUGGGAAGACAUCAAUUUUGAAAAGAAAGAAAUUUUCAUUAAAGGCCAGAAGACGAAGUAUAGCAACACGGCCGUCCCCAUGACGAAUUUUGCCUACAGCGAGCUGGUGAAAUGGUGGGAGAUAGAGAAGAAGCCGCUGAAGGGGCUGUGCUUUUACUCGGAGACCAUCAAAAAUAAGUUUAAUUACACCAACACGAAGACUCCACUAAAAACGUUCAAAACAGCGCUGAAGGGCGCAGCCAAACGGGCUGGACUCGAAAUCAGCGAAGACGGAAAAAAGAGAAGAAUCUUUCCCUACCUGUUGAGACACUCCUUUGCAACAAUCGCUGCCACGUCAAAUCCGCCUGUCCCCCUUCCAGUGGCGCAAGCAAUUAUGCGACACUCCUCUUCAAAAAUGUUACUGGACACGUAUACGAAGGCAGGAAACAACAUAAUCAGGGACGGCCUGGAUAACUUCAAAAUAUAG